CUCAGGAAUGAGUCAUCCUCUGCCCAAACAGGUGGCAGUGGUCACACCUGCAGAAACAAUGUUCGGGCAGGUUGCUGGCAGCAGCAAUUAGCACAAUAUAUAGCUCCAGAGGAAAAAGUCCAAUGGCAGUGCAGCAUGGCUUCUGACAGAGGUCCUUCAGCUGGAGAUGCUACCUUGAGGAGAAGAAUUGAACCCUGGGAAUUUGAAGUCUCCUUUGACCCCCGAGAACUCUGUAAAGAGGCCUGUCUGCUCUAUGAAAUCAAGUGGGGCAAGAGGCAGAAGGUCUGGCGACACUCGGGCAAGAACACCACCAAGCAUGUUGAAUGCAAUUUUAUAGAAAAACUUAUUUCAGAAAGACAUUUUCCCCCAUCCGUCAGCUGCUGCAUCACCUGGUUCUUGUCCUGGAGUCCCUGCUGGGAAUGCUCCAAGGCUAUUCGGGAAUUUUUGAAUCAACAUCCUAGAGUGACCCUGGUUAUUUACAUAGCACGGCUUUUCCAGCACAUGGAUCCGCAAAACCGGCAAGGACUCAGAGACCUGAUUCACAGUGGUGUGACUAUCCAGAUUAUGGGACCCCCAGAGUAUGAUUACUGCUGGAGGAAUUUUGUCAACUACCCACCUGGGAAAGAAGCUCACUGGCCAAGAUACCCCCCUCUGUGGAUGAGGCUGUAUGCACUGGAACUCCACUGCAUAAUUCUAGGUCUCCCUCCCUGUUUAAAGAUUUCAAGAAGAUGUCAGAAUCAGCUGACCUGGUUCAGACUUAUUCCUCAAAAUUGCCAUUACCAAAUGAUUCCACCCCAUAUCCUUUUGGGUACAGGGCUGAUACAACUUCCUGUGACUUGGAGAUGAAUAGAAUGAUUUCUUGUGUAUAUACUGUUUCAUGAACAGGAACUGAUGGCCCACUAAAGAGUGAGUACCAUUAGAAUCGAGAAAUUUUAAGUUUGCAUUUCUAUACACUAACAACAUGUUAUCUGGAAAAGAAAUUUUUAAAAAAAUCCCAUUUAUAGUAGCAUGAAAAAUGAUAAAGUACUUAGGAAUUAAUUUAACCGAGGAGGUGAAAGAUCUGUACACUGAAAUCUACAAGAGAGAUUGAAGAAGACACAAAUAAAUGGAAAGACAUCCCAUGGUCAUGGAUGGAAGAAUUAAUACUGUUAAAAUGUCCCUACUAUACAAAGCCAUCUAUAAAUUCAAUGCAGUCCCUAUCAAGAUUCCAAUGGCAUUUUUUACAGAAAUGAAAGAAAAAUCCUGAAUUUCAUAUGGAACAACAGAAGACCCUGAACAGCCACAGCAAUCCUUAUGUAUCUGAAGGAAAUGAAAUCAUUUUCUCAAAGAAAUAUCUGCACUUCUGUGUUCAUUGUAGCAUUAUUUACAAUAGCCAAGACAUGAAAACAAUCUAAGUAUCCACCAACAGAUGAAUGGAUAAAGAAGAUGUGGUAUAUAUACAUAUAUACACACACAAUGGAAUAUUAUAUAGCCAUAAAAAAGAAGAAAAUCCUGCCCUUUGCAACAACAUAGAAGAAACUUGAAGGCAUUUUGCUAUUUGAAAUAAGUCAGAGACAGAAAUACUAUAUGAUCUCACUAAUAUGUGGACUCUUAAAAAAAAAAAAACAAAAAACAACUGACCUCAUGGAAAGAGACAAGAUUAGUGGUUGCCAGGUGGGAUCUUAGUUCUCUGACUAAGGAUUAAACCCGGCCCUCCCUCGGCAGUGAGAGCGCAGAGUCCUAACCACUGGACCGCCAGGGAAUUCCCGGACAAACUUGCAGUUUUAAGAUGAACAAAUUCUGGGGAUUUAAGGUACAGCAUGAUGAUUAUAGUUUAUAACUGUACAAUUGAAAUUUUCUAAGAGUAGUCCUUAAAUGUUCUUACCACACACAAAGAGGUGUAAGUCUGUGCGGUGAUGAACGUGUUAACUCACCUUAUUGUAAUAAUCAUUCUGCAAUAUAUACAUAUAUCAAAUCAUUACGUUGUACACCUUAACUUAGUUGGGCUUCCCUGAUGGCGCAGUGGUUAAGAAUCCGCCUGCCAAUGCAGGGGAUACAGGUUCAAUCCCUGGUCUGGGAAGAUUCCACAUGCUGCGGAGCAACUAAGCCCGUGGGCCACAACUACUGAAGCCCACGCGCCUAGAGCCCGUGCUCUGCAACAAGAGAAGCCAUGAUGAUGAGAAGCCCACGCAUUGCAGCGAAGACCCAACACAGCCCAAAAU